AGUUUUUUCUUUUACACUUUUAUCAAGCGAAGAAGAAAGAAUAUAAGAAUUGCAGUGUCGUUGCUCGCUGCUCCUUCUUUGCUUCUGCUCUACGCUUUCACUCUCGAUCCUCUUCGCUGAGUAAACAACUCCAACUCUCCUCUUCCUGCUUCAAUCGUCUUCUUGUCCGCUGUUCUUCGUUUUGUUGUGAAGUGAGAACUUGCAGAUGGAUGAUCGUAAGGAGAAAACUGCUCCCUGGCUUUCAGUGCCACAGUUCGGAGAUUGGGACCAGAAGGGACAGUUACCUGACUACUCACUUGAUUUCUCAAAACUUAGGGAAAAUAGGAAACAAAACAAGAGAGAAGUGUCUCGGGCGAGUCUUGGAAAUGAAGAGGAGCUCAUUACUUCAGCCGCACCCCCAACCACAACAGAAUCUUUUCCUACUGAUAAUCAUCACCCCUAUCAUCAGAGUCACCACCCUCCACCAACAAGAAAGAGCAUUCUAAGUUGCUUCAACUGCUGCGUGAAAGCUUGAAUUAAGUAGUCUUGAAGACGACCUAUGGAGGCCCACUUGUAAGUUUAAAUGUCAUUGUAUUAAUUGAAUUAAGUAGUCUUUGGUACGAAUACCUCUAUUGUCCUUUAUUUGAAUUAAAACUGUAUUAUAUGUUUGGAUUUUUUGCGAUGGUUUUGUUCUUGCCUGUGGGAACUACUAUUUCAUUAAAUUUGCUUUGAAUUAAUCAAUUAGUUAUAAAGUUUGUUUGGAAUGACCCUUUUUUUUAAGUGUUUAAUUGGGGAAAAAAAAAAUCAUUCCAAAUAGGCUUGUACACUAAUUGAAAAAAAAAAGUCCUUGGUGAUGUAAAUAAAAGCAUUGGGUUUAGGUCAUUUGGCUUGUCAAAGAAGAAAGAAAAACAGUCUCACAAGUCUGAAUAA